UCAUGCUCUCCCUUGAACACUUCCUCUUCCUUGAUUGUGGCUUCUACUAGCCCUACCCUACCUUCUAGUUCUAGGCUACCGGUCGACCGCCGUUCAGAAAGCGUCAGCUUCCAAUUCGUAAAAUCAAAACCUUGCUUCUUGUCAUAAUGGGAGUUACUGUUGAAACAAUCCAGGCUGGAGAUGGAGUCAACUUUGCCAAGGCAGGUGACACUGUUGUUGUCCAUUAUACAGGCACCCUUCAGAAUGGACAGAAGUUUGAUUCUUCUCGUGACCGAGGCAAGCCAUUCCAGACUAAAAUUGGAGUUGGGCAAGUCAUCAGAG